CGUUCUGGCGAGUUCUGCUGGCCGUUGCCGGACAAGUGUCUUAUCCCGGUGUCCCGCGUGCGGAAUACGUGCCAGGUCUCUUGGACCGCCUGGAACCUCGCGAAUCGUAUAGAAAUAUAUUUUCGGCACUCGAGGGAAACCUAGGCUCCUACGGGUCGAAAGAAAUCGAACGAAAACAGGUUCGCAAGCUCGAUGGGGUACCCCGACGCCAGAUGCCGAGGGACCUAAAGUGGAGAGGCAGAAAGUGUGCGCCGGUGUUUGGUUCUCGUUUAAAGGAUGACACCGAAGUGAACGUGUAGCCGGUUCCCGCGAACGGUGAUGGUUUGAAUGGAGAUAUAGUUUUUGUUGGUGGUUUGCGGCGAUUUAGGGAACCCCUCGGAGCGGCGAAGAAGUUUGGAGCGUUGCGCGGUUGAUUAUUCGACGAACGCUGUUUGUGAUGCAUCGGUGGAUGCUGGGACCGGUGAAGGAUGUUCUUGGAUCGCCAUGAGACACAACGUUCUCAGGAUCCUGCCGAUACUGUGCUGCACACUGCACUUCUACAGUGGACAAUUGAUCCGUGACGCGCGAUGUUUCCUGGAGAAUGGUGCCACCGCCGCGCACCUCUUCGUCAACGAAGAUCUACCGGUCGGUGACACCGUGGGUGUCCUCGGUGUGCUGGGAGAUCCGUCGCCUCAAGGUGAUAUCGAGCUCAGGCUCCAGGAGAUAGACAGCCCUGUCGCGUUCGCGGCAUAUUCGAAGAACCUGUCUUUGGUCAGACCUCUUGACAAAGAGGGCGUCGACGGACCUGCCAGCGUCUACGUGAACGUCAUUUGCGAGAGGAAACACACUUUGGAUCCGGGAUUCGUGAUACCAGUUAAUAUUCGCGUGACCGACGCGAACGACAAUGCUCCGCAAUUUGUUAACGCGCCUUACGUACUUAAUAUCUCAGAGGUCACCGUGGUUGGCACAAGGGUUCUGCAAGGAGUACGAGCCGUGGAUGCUGAUCAACCGGGACCCUUUUCUACCGUACAAUAUGCUGUUUUACCGGGACCACAUUCGGACUACUUCGUGUUCGUGAACGCUUUGGAAGGAACUCUGGUUCUUAGGAAGCCACUAGAUUACGAGAGUCUAUCCAAUUUCUCCGUCGACAUCCGCGCACAGGAUCAAGGGAAUCCACCGAAAUCAUCCACCACAACGCUCCACGUGAACGUAAUCGAUGCCGAUGACCAGAAUCCUGCCUUUCAAAGUGAUCAGUAUAAAAUCGUCAUCCCACGACAGAUAAAACUGAGGAGAGUGCUGAUAGUAGAUCCUGCUCCGAUAAGAGCCGUAGAUCAAGAUGUAGGAAUCAACGCGCCGGUGAAAUACACGAUCCAAGGCGGAAUUCUGCCGUUCCUCACUUUAAAUCCCGAUACUGCCGAAGUUGCCAUCACGCGACUACUACACGAGCAUGAACUGCUGUCUCCGGCAACGAUCGUUGUCAAGGCCACGCAGGUAGACAAUGCGGACAAAUAUGCGCUCUCGACGAUAGUCGUAUCGCGGGAAAACGACUGGAGCGUGGAACCCACCGCCGGUGGAAGAUUGCCUAUCAAGUUCAUCAGACGGGAUCAUCACACGAGUAUCCCCGAGAACACGCCACCCGGAAGCGUUUUAUUAACGACAGGAGUGAAUAAAGUGGAUCCCAAUUUAAGGUUCUGGCUGGUUGGAGCGAUCGAGGAUCUAGAGAGAUUCUCCAUCACGAACUCCGGUGAGCUGAUCUUGAAAGGGACUUUGGACUACGAGAGAAGGAUCCACCAUAGUUUUCUGGUUCGCGUCACCGACGGUCAUCAUAACGACACGUCGCGGGUGAACGUCUCCGUGGAGGAUGUGAAUGAAUGGGAACCCCGGUUUCGUCAUCCCAGAUACGAAUUUCACGCUGCAACCUUGAAAGAGGGAUCCAUUGUCGGGAAACUGGAGGCCGCCGAUGGCGACAGAGACGACAAAGUUAGCCUGUCUCUUCGAGGUCCCGAUGCAAGGUCAUUCGAGAUUCGGGACAGUGGAGAGCUGUUACUGAGAUCAGCAACAACAAUCAAUGGUUCCCUGGCACGAUUGGUAGCUGUCGCUUCCGACUCGGGUCGUCCUCCUAGGUCUAGUAUGAUCCCAGUGAUCGUCCACAUACCAAACACUGGGUCAUUGCCAAUUGCCGCGAGAGCUGCGCCAGCCUGGUUGGGCAGUAGCGUUCUGCUGGUUGCAGUGUUCGGCGCUGUCUUGGGCCUUCUAGGAGUCAUUAUACUCGUUCUAAUCUUGUACAUAUAUAAACAUAAGAGGCCAAAGACUAGCGGGUCCGUGAGUUCCGUGGGCACCGGUUACCGAGAAAAAUCGCCUGUACCUUCUGCACUGAGUCCUACGCCCCAGGUGCUCGGUGCGAACAUGCUCCAAGAUACUUUGGACGUUCCGCGCCGAGGAAAUCGUCACGACGUUGCGCACAGUAUCGAGGAGAACGACGAAGACGAAGAUGCCAGAGGCGAUCGCGACGACGAGGAUCGCGUUGACCAAGAAACUCUCGAGGAUAGCAACAAUGACGAAAUGAGGGAGAUUAACAAUGACAGCAACGACAUUGAGAAUCCCGUUUUCGGUGCGAAGAACACUUACAGCGCUACUAUUAAAAGUUUAUCGUCGGCCAGACAAGUACCUCCGUACGCAAGGCACAAAGUGGCACCAGCCCCGAAUCCACCCGGUUUGUCCGCAACGUCGAACAUCCCCAACAUCGGCGGUCUUGUCCAAAACAUGAACGACCUGAGCGCGAAGUCAAACGUGAACGCGGCUUCUCGCGAUUCGUCCAAUUACUCCGGAGAACCUUCGGACUCGUUGAUGCCAGCCUGGCCAGCUUGCUCCGUCUCGCAGAGGGUUAAAAAACUGUCGUGGGACGAUGACGAUAGGACGGUAGACAGCGUCGAGGUUGCGGCUGAAACGAGGUCCAGGAACAGCCAAGUGGGGAACGAACGGCUCAAUCUCACCGUGUAUUUCUAAUUAACCUGCGCGAAACGAAAGACUGAAGACCGAGAUGAACGAAUUCCCCCCCAUGCGAGAUCACCGUGUCGUUGCCGGAUGCGAAAUCAAUUUCACAACGAUGUACAUACGCAGUGUAUAGUUGACUACAUAUAUUAUAUAAUACAUAUAGCUGAGAAUGAUCAACGUUGUCGCACGUUGGGCUCGUCUCCGCUGUAAUUGUUUCAUUAAAAGACAUCCAAAGAAA